AGAAGACAAUGACGUCACACAGAAGAGACGGACGCCGCAACAUUACCUAGCGUCUGUUCAUUUCAAACAGUUGAAACAUCCUGUGGAAAUAAUUUAUUAUUAUAAAUUAUAAUACUGCACAAGAGAACCUAUACAACGAUGGGUGAGGUGGAGUUAUCAUGUCUGGCUUAUGUGAAAAUGUUCCUGCACGCCAGUCAGUUUCCACGCUGCAGUGUGAAUGGGCUGUUGUUGUCCUCCAGUGCUGCAGGGGGAGCUGUGUGUAUCACUGACUGUGUGCCGCUGCUGCACUCACACUUGUCUCUCGCACCAAUCACACAGCUCGCUCUCAUACAGGUGGAUGUGUGGUGUUCACAAACACAGCAAAGGAUUGUGGGAUAUUAUCAAGCUAAUGCCAGUGUAUCAGACAGCAGCCCCACACCGUGUGCACUAAAGAUAGCAGACAAGAUCUUCGAGCAGUGUAACAGUGCUGUGUUACUUAUGAUUGACGGAGAAAAGAUGUUUCCUGGCUGCCGUGUGCCACCAAUCGUGAUAUAUGAGCGUAAAGAUGCGCGCUGGGCCCUCAAAGACAAACACACAAUAAUGCUUCGGCAAUGGGAAGAAACUUGCUCAAUUGCCAAUCAGCUGUUCAGCUCUGGCGAUCAGGCACUCUUAGUGGAUUUUGACAGCCAUUUGGAUGACAUCAAAAAAGACUGGACCAAUCAAAAGCUCAAUGCCAAGAUCAUGGAACUCAUCUCCCCAGCCAACGGAAAUGUAUAAAUGAUGUGUAUUGAUACACUAAAUCAGUCAUUCACAAACUUUUUUCUGUAUAUGUCACUCUUAUUAUUCUAUAUUAUUAUGAUUAUUUAACUACACUCAUGAUACCUGAUUGAGUAACAUAUAUGUGAUAAAAAUGACAGUCUCUUGAUACCGCAAUUAUUUGAAGUGCCUUGAGGCAUAAAAGAUACAAACACUAUUUCCAAAUAUGCAGAAAUAUGUUUGUCUUCCAGUUUAAUUCUGUAUGAUUCAAAAUGACUGUGCUUUGACCUUUUAGAAAAACAAAAGUAAAGAAACACCAACAUAGUAUUCCAUUAGUCCCAUGUUAUGAACAUAUUUUCUUUAAUUUUAUCUACUGAAAAAUUAGUAAUAAAAAAAAAAAUGCAUCUUAUGUGGAUACUAGUUUCAGAUUCUAUUUUGAACUCUCUGUAUUUAAACUUUAAAAUCACUAAUAAACUAGAUCCUCGAAACUGUCAAAA